AUGGAAGAGAAACCACGACGCCGACCGGUGGUCGCCAAGGGUCGAGGGCAUGGGGAUGUCUCCUAUUCUGAAGCCCACGUCGACCGAGCCCUUCGCCGGACGAUGAAAGACCUUAGAAGGGCUGAGGCAGCCAAGAAAAAAAGGGCGGAAAUCAUUCUCCCCGAAUUCAUUUCGGUUUCCAACCUCGCCCAGGCUCUUGGGGUUCCACUAGACAAGUUUGUCAACAAGAUGCUCGAGCUUGGGUUUGAAGAUGUCAAUCACGAUCAAGUACUCACAGGAGAAGAUGCGGGUUUGGUUGCUCAAGAGUAUGGCUUUAACCCUCAGCAAACUAAGGAUGAGGAUGAGAAAGACUUGUUCCCUGCUCCUAAUCCAGAAGACAAAAGCAGUUGGCCUCAACGACCCCCUGUCGUAACCAUCAUGGGACAUGUCGAUCAUGGAAAGACUACUCUCUUAGAUUACUUGCGCAAAUCAUCGAUUGCCGCAAACGAACAUGGCGGGAUCACCCAGCACAUUGGUGCUUUCAGCGUGCCGCUCUCCUCCUCAGGAAAGACCAUCACUUUCCUGGAUACUCCGGGCCAUGCGGCCUUUUUGACCAUGCGUGAGCGUGGUGCGAAUGUUACCGAUAUCGUUAUUCUGGUUGUUGCUGCAGAUGACAGCAUUAUGCCCCAGACUCUCGAGGCAAUCAAGCAUGCCCACGCCGCAAAAGUCCCAAUCAUUGUCGCCAUCAACAAAGUUGACAAGGAAGAUGCAAACCCUCGGCGGGUCAAACAGGACCUAGCAGUCAAUGGAAUCGAGAUCGAAGAUUUCGGAGGUGACACUCAAGCCAUCCUUGUGAGCGGAAAGACCGGUCAAGGAAUGGACGAGCUCGAAGAAGCCACCGUGACACUCUCAGAAAUGUUGGACAACCGAGCCGACCCGGAUGGAAAAGCUGAAGGGUGGGUCCUCGAAUCAAGCAAGAAGCGGGACGGAUUGAUGGCGACGGUUCUCGUUCGACGAGGCACCUUAAGACCUGGCGAUAUCAUCGUCGCGGGCAAAACAUGGGCACGCGUCCGGCGCCUGAUGAACGAAGCUGGAAAACCCAUGAAGUCGGUCGGUCCCGGCAUGCCGGCCGAAAUCGACGGAUGGAGAGCGCAACCCGAGGCCGGCGAUGAAGUUUUGCAGGCCGAAGACGAGCAGCACGCCGCCCGGGUGGUCGACUUCCGUCAGGCGAAAGCCGAUCGACAACGGAUGGCGAAGGACAUGGAAGCGAUCAAUGAGGCGCGCAAGCUUGUACAGGAGCGACGGAAGCGGGAGAAGGAGACGGCAGAUGGAAAAGCAAAAGAUCAAGAUAGAGCAAGCGAGGAUGCGGAAAAAAUGGGGGAGAACACCGCGCUUACAGGGCCGAAGACGAUUCCUUUCAUCGUCAAAGCCGAUGUUUCGGGAUCGGUCGAAGCGGUCGUGAACGUCAUAUCUGGCAUUGGAAACGCAGAAGUCCGCCCUAUCAUCGUUCGGUCGGCUGUCGGCCCCGUCACCGAGACGGACCUGGACUUCGCGGCCGUCGCCCACGGUCACAUCAUCUCGUUCAAUACGCGGGUCGACCCGAAAUUCAUGGUGGAAGCGAAGAGGCUCGGUGUCGAUAUUUUCGACCAGAAUAUUAUCUACAGGGUAACCGAAGAUAUCCGGGCGAAGCUGAGCGAGUUCCUUCCUCCGCUUGUGGUACAGAAGGUCACGGGCGAGGCGGAAAUCGCGCAGAUCUUCCCCAUCAACAUGAAGCGCAACAAGCAGCUCUUCAUUGCGGGAUGCAAGGUCAAGAACGGCGUCAUGACCCGAAACAGCAAAGUCAAAGUUCUGCGGAAUAAGGACGUCAUCUACCAAGGCUCGCUUUCUUCAUUAAAAAACGUCAAGAAGGACACCACGGAAAUGCGCAAGGGUACCGAGUGCGGUAUUGGAUUUGACAACUGGGAGGACUUCAAAGUUGGCGACCAAAUUCAAUGCUAUGACGAGUCCCUUGAGAAGAGGUAUUUGUAA